AUGGAUACACAUGACGGCGGGGUAUCCGAUCAUGUCUAUGAAGUGGAUGGCCGUGACAUCACCAUCGGUGACAAGGUCGAAGAUCCCAUCAUCACCACCAGUGACCAUUACCAGACCAGUGACAUCAAUCGGGCACUGGUCCAUGAGGUUCUGAGACUGGCCGGUUUUGGUGGCAAAAAAGUAGAUCUGAUUGUCACCUUGCCGGUCGAGACUUUCUUUCGAGCCAGUAAACGCGAGGAAAAGAAAGCCCAUAUCCUGAAACCCGUUACCCACGCCAAUAACCAGCCUCUAGCCAUCAUUGAACGAGUGCGUGUAGCACCUGAAGCCGUACCGGUGCUGGAUGCCAUCUGUCUGGAUAAUAAAGGUCAGGCUAUACCAGAAUUUCAGGACAUCCAGAAAGUUAUGAUCGUGGACAUCGGCGGCACCACUACCGAUAUAUCCAUCGUCAACUUCGAGAACGAUGUGGAAGCACGUAAAUCCGUGUCGAUUGGUGUGUUCAAUAUUGCCAGCCAGUUAAAAGAUCUGAUUCAGAAUGAUCCCAAUAUUAACGCCCGAAACCCGAACGACAACACUAUUGACCUGACCCUGAGAAGCGGAAAUUUCCGCAAGGAUACCGACGUAAGCCAUCACAUAGAUCACGCGUGUAACCAGAUUACCGGUAAACUGCUGGCCGCGAUGAAUGCUCUUUACAGCGACCCGGAUGAUCUGGACUACGUAGUGUACGUUGGCGGCGGUGCCUACCUGCUGGCCAGCAAACUGAGCAAGCAGUACGGAGGCAAUACCCUGUCUUUUGAAAAUCCGGAAUACGCCGUUGCCCUUGGUUUGCUGCGUAAUGAACUUAACCAGACCGAAACAGCAUGA